UCCAAUAAGUCUUAUCAAAGUACAAUAUUACAAUAACCAUAAAAGCAUUAAAAUGUCUGUAAAUGCAGGUGAUAAUUUAUUAAUUGAAAAAGAAUUGAAAAUUGUAGUAGUAGGAGAACCGUCUACAGGAAAGAGUUGUAUCGUGUCUAGAUAUUGCCAUGAUGAUUACACAAGACAAUAUAUACCAUCGUGUGGCGUAGAAUUUUAUUUAAAAAGAACACAAAUUCAAGGUCAUAACGUCAGAAUCAAUAUCUGGGAUACAAGUGGAUCAUCUAAUGGACUUUUAUCAAAAUACAUUUAUAAUGCUGAUGCGAUCAUACUCGUGUAUGAUAUAACCGACUGUGUUUCGUUUUCGGCUGUGUCAACGUGGUACAAUAAAGCAAUAAGUGUUCAAUAUGAAAAUGUACCAACGUUUGCUUUAUUUUCAAAUAAAUGUGAUUUAGAACACAAAAGAUCAGUUGCUGAAGAAAAGCAAAUAUUAUUUUCAAAAGAAUUUAAAAUACCGAUUUCUCAAUCAGUAUCUGCACGCACUGGUGAAAAUAUAAUGUUUGCUUGGCAACAGUUAGUGGCUGAAUGUUUGGGAUUACGACUUUCGAAGUUUGAUUUAGAACAACAUUUAGUGAGACCUGUGAAAGCAGAAAUCGAAACUACAAUCAAUCAGUAUAAAACUAUGAUGUCGAACCAACAGCAAAAUAUGUCAUCUACAAUUUGUGUCAUUCAAUAGUUGAUAGUGUAUACAAAAUUCAAAUAUAUGAAAUUUUUAAUUAA